UACAUAUAGACGUAGUUUUAAUAUUUCAUUCAAAUUAUGCAAAUAUUUAUGAUUUUGGAUGAGCCCUGGUGAGGCACUCCAAAUUUUCGGCAUUGUACUAAAGAACCACCUUAAAAGUGUAAUGCAAAUAUUAUUGCUGUAAUGUUAUGACUUAAAUAUCAUUGAUUUCCUUUCACAUUUAUAUUUUUACUAUAUAGAUAUAUUAGAAAGUAUAAAAAAAAUAUUAUGUAUGUGAAUAAUUAUAACUUUACAGUGGCAAAAAAGAUGUUUUCUCCUAUGAAUGUAUUUUCGCCUAAAUCAUUUCAAGGAAGAAAUUUAACAGGAAUCGUACGUCUUGUACGUGAUUUAGCUGUAGAUAUUCAUGCAAAUAUACAUCAAUGGAACAAUCUUCAUAUCCAAGGAAUUACUUACAUAAAAGAUAUAACACAAGAAAAACAUAAUAAAAAUCAUUCUGAAAUUUUACAAGAUUUAUGUGAUAAGUUAGAAAAUAUUUGUGAUAAUCUGGAUGGAAUAGUUAAAAACUUAGACCAAAUUAAGCAUCAACUAAUAACUAUAUCAGCUUUACAGAAAACUGAAGAUAAAUUGUUUAUAACAUGGCCAAUAACUAAAUUUGAAUACUAGCAGAAAUAUAAUCUUAUCAGAAUAUGAUGACAGAUUGACUGGAGAAAUCGAAUAGAAUCUGCUGUUUUAUAAUUAUUUAAAUAAUACAAUUAUGGAAUUAGAAAUGAAAGGGAAUAAAACGAGCAAACAAGAAAUGUUAACAAUCCUUAAUUGGUAAUUAGUUAAAUUAUUAUAGAAUCAGUCAUAAAAAUAUUGACCAGAGAAGAUCUUUUUGAAGUCUACAUAUCAAGGUUAUCUCUGAUCCAUCGAUGUAAUUGAAACCAAUUACCAAAUUAAAAAAAAAAAAUUAAUAUAACAAUAACUUCAGACAGCAAUCUUAUUUUAAAUAUUAGAUGCUAUGAAUUCUUGUCAGACAAAAAUUAUGGAUUCAGAAUGUACAAAAUUAUGGUACAAUUUUUAAAUCAUUAAAUCUACAUGGACUUUCUUAAUCAUAUUUGCAUAGAACAUAGUUUAUCUUAAUAGUAAAAAGUUACAUAGUUCCUGGUUUAAUUAAUGUAAUAUAUCUAUUAAAAUUUACAUUUGCAGCCUUAUUAAAGUAUGUGUUUAAAGUAAUGUUAUAUAUUUAUGAUGAAAUUAUGAUUGAAAUUUGUCUUUGCAGCUGAAGCAGAGUCAAAUCAAAACGUCCGGUUUAAUAUUGGCAAAUUAAAUGAUAUGAUUAUAUUCUAACAUUUGCUCAUUUUAUUGGCCUUUUCUCUUUCUAAUUUUUUUAAAUUAUUUCUAAAUAUGAGCCAAUAUACUUAUUAAAUGAUUACGAAAUAAGUCAGAUUAGCCUUCGUUUCUAACAAUCUGCUUUCAAUUUAUAUUGGCAGACUUUACUGACAAAAUAAGAACAAUAAAAACAUAAUUAAUUCUUCAAUCUGCUGAUAUUCUACCUGCAAGAUCUAGCAAACUGUUAGAACAUCGCUAACAUUUGUUAGAAAUGUUAUUAAGUCAAUAUAUUGUAAUCAAUACAUAUUUAUACAAAUAAAUUUCCAUUCUUA